UUCAAGAUAUCUCGAAAUAACUUCCUGUGAAAAUGCUCUAUGUUUUGAAUGGACUUCCGGUCUAUUUAGAGAUAUCUCCAAAUGAACAGGAAGUUAUUUGAAGAUAUCUUCAAAUGAUUUAGAGAUAUCUCUAAAUGAACAGGAAGUUAUUUAGAGAUAUCUCUAAAUGAUUUACAGAUAUCUCGAAAUAAACAGGAAGUGUGUACCUUACGUUUGUUUUUGUUAAUAAACGUACGCCAUUUGCAUUUGGAGGCAUCACUGUUAUAAUUCUAACAACGAAGUGAAGAUUGUAUUUUUUUUAUUUAAACCUCAUUACUUUUUUGUACUGGAAAAAAAGAGGUCUGCCUCAUGACAGGUGAAAGAGAGCAGGUACACGGGGUUUUAACCCGCGCCCUGUCAUCAGUUCGCCAAGCGGAAUCUGAAUUGAGGUCUCAUACAACUGACGAUAUAGAUGAUUUUGAUGCAGCCUCUUUUGUCAGUGAAACAAGGGCCUUGUUUAGAAGUAGAUCUGUGGACUCAUCACAAAGGACAGGAAAGACAGGCAGAAAAAAAGGACGGCAAAGGGGACAUUUAUGGAAGACUCAUUUUUUCUUACUGCAAAAGAACAAUGAAGAAUUUGUACCACCACCGUCUGAACUAUCAAGACUGACAAGAAAUGGAUUAGGAGUUCCUAAAUGUGAACAACCUGCUACCAAUGAAAGAUAUGGUUCAAAAUCUACUGUUCAGCGAAGCUGGAGUUUAAGACAGUUAGAGAAUUUUGUGCAAGAUAGUUUUCCUGACGUUCCUUUGCAUCUAACUGGCUUUACCUUUGCAAAGGCAGAGAAGGGUCGGCGUCUUAGUAAGCUAAACAUAACGUCUGCAGCUGACCUACAAACCAAGAUAGGAAAAGGAAAGAUUUUUAUAGUUCCUAAUCGUGAUAUACCAUUGCCAAUUGAGAGAACAGAAGGAAGGAUGUUAAAUGAAAGCCGUCAAGUAACAGCAGGAAGCAAUGCAUCAGUGACCCAAUUGCAAGUUCAGGAGCAGGUGCAUAUACAAGAAUUGUCAAAUGGAAAUAUUGGUACAAGGACUUCAGAAAAUCCCAUUGUAGAAGACUACCACCAAAGAGAAAAUGAGGUUAUGCAACAACAUGCUACCAAUGCAAUGGCUGAUCUUCUAGAAAAUGAAACAUCAGAAAACAUCCCACAAAGGGCAGCUGAAACUGAGAUUCUGGACAUUGAGCAACUAUUUCAGGCUGAUAGCUUCGAAAAUGAACUGAUUGCAGCUGGCCAAUCACAGGUAUCAGGUUAUUCACUUACUAUUGAUGAAUAGAUUCACUAUGCGAUGACUAUGGAACCAGUGCAAACAAUAAAGUGAAGUCAUUUUUAAUAACACCUUAGAACUUCUUGGAAUGAACAUUGUACUCUGCAGUCAUCAUGAUGUCAUCCUCCAGAAUUCUUAGAAAAUUGCAAUACUGUAGACAAGCUGUUUUUUA